AUGGACUCAUCCCCCUGCCGCCAGUGUGCAUGUCGUGGAUAUUUGGAAAUGGGUCCUAAUGAGUGCGCAUGUGCUCAUACCCCGCAGGAUCACACAACUGUGGCCCUUCCACCUCGUCGAUGUGCAUCUGGCACCUAUUUCUCUAUGAAUGAAAAUCCGGCCACAUAUCGAUCCAUGUGUGCACUCUGUAAUGGAGCGUAUUACGUGCAUGUCCCUACUCCCACUCAAGCGCCCAUCACCCCAAUUAUCCACUCUGGUUAUGAUUCGACCAUGGCAAAUUCAUCAAGUUCUUCAUCUGGCAGUCCGGCGCUUGCCUGGUACAUUCAGCCUCCUCCAUCACCACUUUCCAGUAACACUGGAGCACCACCGACAACUCCUGCACCUCUGACCCUUCAACUGUGGAGUCCUCCCCAUGCCCCUGCAUCUGGAACUACAAAUGACCGCCGGUGUGCCCCCCAUGGGGUAUCAGCAUCUCCGCUGACAUCAGUGCCAAUAAUAUCUUCCCGGGCAGGCAGGUCCAGCAACUCAACCAGAUCAUCCACUGCUCCCAGGAGACAAUUGACUCAGCGCACUGCUCAACCCAUCAAGUACUUGGUGGUCAUUCACCCUGAGCCGGUGUAUGGAACAGUUACGACAGACUUUGAUCGGCUGUUUCGUGAACUCCGGUGCCCUGUACCUCAAAAGAUUGGCUCCUUUUUACGCCAGGCUGAGUCCCUGGGACUCUCAUUCAAGUUUGAAGCGACGGCGCGCUCAGAUGAAUUGGCGGGACCUAUUUUCGAUAUUCAGUUAACCAACCAUUUGGAUGGCAAGGGGUUUGUGUUCUCCCGCCCUCACAGUGCACCAAAUACCAACACUGUCAUGAUGUCUCGAUACACCUGGUCGUUCCUUAUGACUGGAAAAAGUCAGCGAUCAGCAUUGGGUGCUAAACUCACCUCAUCCCGGAAAUCUGCUGAAGAUGUCACUCACAAAGACUUGGCCGCAAAUGCUGAUAAACUCCCUGUACCGUCGCCUCAUCAUGAUCACCGCAUAGUGUUUGUUGUUCCUCUAGAGUUUAUUGUUACUGGCCCUCUCAAUGGACAGGAGGACACAGAAUUUACAUGCGCCGAUGGGUGCUCUGAGCAACCAUCGGCAGAUUCUGAUAUGGAUUUUGAUGUUCCUGAUUUUGUGCCAUUGACACCAGCAGAUACUACCAAUGUUGGGGUGUCUCUCUUCCUGCCAGGGCCAGUGUCUCCUGUUAAUAGGGUAGUGCCCUUAUCACCUCUACGCGUGCCUCAGAUUAUGUCCUUCGAUGGUCCUGCUUCCUCUGCAUCGUCUGGUCCAGAUACUGCCACUAGUACCAUCAUGCGUCCCCCUGUUGCUUUGCAACCCCGUCAACAAUCUCCCACUGCUGCUGUCAGCUGCUUGGAGAGGGAGAAUAGCAGCUGCACGAACGACCAUGCGGUCCCUCCUAAGUGA